UUUUUCUCGUUCAAUAUGGCGUCGUGGAAGUGAGACUUCGGCUAAUGUUAUUCAGUUUGCCCAAAGUUAGCGCGCGUCUGCUCUUUUAAACAGAGGAAAGUUUGUUUCCAUACCGCGGUGGCAGCAGAAAAAAGUUUUCCUGUGAGUUUCGGGGUCUGAUGCUAGGCUGCAGCUGCCACAGCCGCCAUCAUGUUCACCAAAAAGAAGAAGUCUCGUAUCCAGAUCUCCGCUCCAUCCAACUUUGAGCAUCGUGUACAUACAGACUUUGACGAGCAUGAGCAGAAGUUUGUUGGGUUGCCACGGCAAUGGCAGUCGCUCAUCGAAGACACAGCCAAAAGGCCCAAACCCUUCAUCGAUGUGACCGUCAUCACUACUGUAGAGCCACGCAAGACAAUUGUGCGAGGCAGCAAGCUUGGAGUGGAUGGCUCUCUGACCUGGCUGUUGGAUGAGUUUGACACAAUGUCUGUGACUCGCUCCAACUCCCUGCGACGAGGCAGCCCUCCCACCCAGCCUCGCAAGGACUCUAGCUCUUCAGGAGGAGGAGGGCAGGAGAACGGAGAUCCUCACCACAGACACUACUCACUCUCAGACAGAGACCGACCCAGACCAGACCUCCACCAGAGUGGAGGGGACCCCCGCCAGAGUCAGCAUGAGCACCGUCCUCCUCAGUGGGACGAGGGAGUCCAGGGUCGGCCCCAGCAGCAGCCCCGGGGCCAAGAGCCCAGCAGGGCCCACAAGGACAGACCAGGCUCCGGCCCUCCCCCUCCCCCUCACAGAGACCGAGAACCUCGUGACCGGGGCCAGGUGGAUCAACCCAGUGACCACAGGCCAAAGUCCAGCUACAUUGUGCGGGAUGGCAGCCCUCAGUCUCCCAGGGACAAGAGGCCUCUCUCUGGGCCCAACAUCCGCACCCCAAACCUGCCAGUAACCGAGGGGGUGAUGAAGACUGCCCAACAGACCACGCGGCCGUUUAACACCUACCCAAGGACGGACAGCGAGGGAGGACGCAGUCCCACAGGACAGCCGGUUCGACACCAUGAAUCCUCCCCUCAAAACGGGCCCUCUAGUGGCUCCACCCGAGGUUCCUCCAGCUCCAAGCCCCCUGUAAGCCACCCACACCCUCAUCACACUUCCCACCCCAGCCUGACCCCUGAGGCCACACAGCACCCACACACCCCUCACCCCAGCGUUCCAGCCCCGCGACCCCCUGUGCCCUCUGGGCCCCCAGCGCCAGGUGCGCCGACCCAGGGCCGCUCACCGCAGAGGGAGCCCCAGAGGGUUUCCCAUGAGCAGUUCAGAGCGGCACUACAGAUGGUGGUGGAUCCUGGGGAUCCACGGACAUACCUGGACCACUACAUUAAGAUAGGGGAGGGGUCCACGGGGAUCGUGUGUAUCGCCACAGUGAAGACCACCGGGAAACUGGUCGCUGUGAAGAAGAUGGACCUGAGGAAACAACAGCGCAGAGAACUCCUCUUCAACGAGGUUGUGAUCAUGCGGGACUAUCACCAUGAGAACGUGGUGGAGAUGUACAACAGCUACUUGGUGGGAGACGAGCUCUGGGUCGUCAUGGAGUUCCUGGAGGGAGGAGCUCUCACUGACAUCGUGACACACACCAGGAUGAACGAGGAGCAGAUCGCCACGGUGUGUCUGUCUGUCCUGAAGGCGUUGUCUGUCCUCCACACACAGGGUGUGAUCCACAGAGACAUCAAGAGUGACUCCAUCCUCCUCACUCACGAUGGCCGCGUAUGUACCACCAACCACACAUUUCUUUCAACACAACACCAGAAAAAAAUAACAUCUUAUGUGACACAGAUUAAGAAGAAAAUGGUCAACACAGCAAGAAAUCUGGUGGAGAAAUGUGGUUUAUGUCAUGUCUCCCCUCUGCUCAAGGGCUUCCUGGACAGGAUGUUGGUGCGGGACCCGGCUCAGAGGGCCUCGGCCAGCGAGCUUCUUAAACACCCCUUCCUGACGAAGGCGGGUCCGCCGUCCUGCAUCGUCCCACUGAUGAGGCAGAACAGGAUGAGAUGAGACGCGUAACGAUAAGAUCUCCAGACUGUGGAGGGCAGCGUGUGCAGGUUCAGAUGGAAUAGAAUACUCCUGCACACAGAGAGGCGGCCCAAAGAGGUCAGAGGUCAUAGAUGAGAGGUGUGUGUGCUUCGGGCGAAACUCUCAGAAAGAGCCGUGAGCUGCAAAGUGCAAACCGGGUGUGCAGGAGUAUUCUUUUUUUCUUAUGUGAAUCACUGAACUCUGGGGAGUGUUCUCCCUUAAUAAGAGGCAAUAAGGCUGUGUGUGUGUGUGUGUGUGUGUGUGUGUGUGUGUGUGUGUGUGUGUGUGUGUGUGUGUGUGUGUGUGUGUGUGUGGGUCUGUGUGUGUGAGAGAACAUAUGUUGGCAACACUGUUCUUGACAGUGUUUCAUGGCAUGUGUGAGAGCAGAGAACACAACUUGCCCUGUCAAGUGAUUUUAGCCAAUUUCAUAUGAACAUUUUGUUUUAACUGAAUACCUGGAAAGAUUGUUGCUGUUUUUAUAUUUCCAUUUGGACCUCGACUGGAUUUUAAGUGUGAAGGUGGGGUUUUGCACACCGAAUGGAUGCUUUUUGAAGGAGCCGUGAGCCCAUUGGCUGAGAGUGGCGGAGCGACAUUUUAAUCCCACUCUUAGACGGUUUGGAAGCCGAAUUUUCUCACUACAAAGACUUGUCGCGCAGACGGAUCCAAGACUCGGACGCUAUCCUCAUCACAGCCAGAACUUACUACUGAGGGAGGAACUCUUUUUGACUCAGAAAAGAGUCGGACGGACUUUAUUUUGUAGCCAUAUAAAUACUAGCUUCCUGUUGUAAACAAGCAAACAUACACUAAGUCAAAAGGUAAACACUGGAGUUGUGGUCUUUUUAACAAAUGAAUUUUCUCUCAUUUCCUCCUUAUUUUCCUGUGUAAGUACAAUGAACAUAGAGAGAUAUAUCAGUUUGAUGUUUUGCUAUCUCUAUUUUGUGAUUGUUUUAUUAUAAUUAUUAUGAUGAUG